GAUUGAGGUUACGCCAGCGCGAGGGCAGGAAUCCCACAAUAGCGGGCGGAGGGAUUUUGUCUUUUUUUUCUCUCUCUCUUCUCUUUCUACCGGAGCACGGCCGAGCUGGUAGCCGUUUCAGUCACAGGGAAAGCGGCAGAGGGGAAGGGAGGCUCUGCGGAGGGAUGUAAGAUGGCAGAGCUACAAAUGCUGUUAGAGGAGGAGAUUCCUGCCGGUAAAAGAGCGCUCGUUGAGAGUUACCAAAACCUCACCAGAGUAGCGGACUACUGCGAGAACAACUAUGUCCAGGCCCAGGACAAGAGGAAAGCUCUGGAGGAGACCAAAGCCUACACCACCCAGUCGCUGGCCAGCGUGGCCUACCAGAUCAAUGCCUUAGCCAACAACGUGCUGCAGCUGCUGGACAUCCAGGCCUCGCAGCUGCGGCGCAUGGAGUCCUCCAUCAACCACAUCUCCCAGACGGUGGACAUCCAUAAAGAGAAGGUGGCCAGGCGGGAGAUCGGGAUCCUCACCACCAACAAGAACACGGCCAGGACCCAUAAGAUCAUAGCGCCGGCUAACAUGGAGCGGCCCGUCAGGUACAUCCGGAAGCCCGUCGACUACAACGUGCUGGACGACGUGGGCCACGGCGUCAAGUGGCUAAAAGCCAAGCAACUUGGAAACAACCAGUCAGUCAGAGGAGGAACUCUAUCGAGGACCAAUCCGCCGACGCAGAAGCCGCCGAGCCCGCCCAUGUCGGGGCGCGGCACCAUCGGACGCAACACGUCCUACAAGACCCUGGAGCCCGUGAAGCCGCCCACGGUGCCCAACGACUACAUGACCAGCCCCGCCCGCCUGGGCGCCCAGCACAGCCCGGGACGCACGGCGUCGCUCAGCCAGAGGCAACGCACACACAGCGGAAGCAGCGGGGGUAGUAGCAGCAGGGAGAACAGCGGCAGCAGCGGUAUUGGCAUUCCCAUCGCCGUGCCGACGCCCUCCAUCCCCAACCCCGGACCAGUCCCGCCCAUGUCUGCUCCCCCGGGAGCCCCUCCGCCUCCCCCGCCCCCGCCCCCACCUCCACCUCCUCCUAUGGCCGGGCUCGGCCCCCCGCCAGCAGCAGCACCACCACCACCUCCACCACCUCUAGUGAUGGCCCCUGGCCCUGGUCUGGGACCCGCUCCAAUGUCCCAGUUCGGAACCAUUUCGCGGCAGAUUUCGCGGCACAACCCCUCCAGCUCCUCCGUCUCCAUGGUGUCGGCCACGGGCACCUACCGCCGGGCGCCCUCCGUCACUUCCCAGUUCUCCCUGCAGCAGCAGCAGCAGCUGCAGCAGCAACAGCUACAACUACAGCAGCAGCAGCAGCAGCUACAGCAGCCUCAUGUUAACGGAGGCACUCCGGGCUACGGCCAGAACUCAAUGUCUGUCGCCCCCCCUCCUCCCCCAAUGCCCCAGCUGACUCCACAGAUACCUCUGACUGGCUUUGUGGCCAGGAUGCAGGAGAGCAUUGCAGACGCUCCCACCCCCCCUCCCCCUCCGCCUCCCGACGAGAUUCCCAUGUUCGACGACUCCCCCCCGCCCCCGCCGCCUCCCCCGGUGGACUACGAGGAGGAGGACGCGGCCCUGGUGCAGUACAGCGACCCGUACGCCGACGGAGACCCCCAGUGGGCCCCCAAGAGCUACGUGGAGAAAGUGGUGGCCAUCUACGACUACAGCAGGGACAAGGACGACGAGCUGAGCUUCAUGGAGGGGGCCAUCAUCUACGUCAUCAAGAAGAACGACGACGGCUGGUACGAGGGCGUGUCCGGCAGCGUCACCGGGCUGUUCCCCGGCAACUACGUGGAGUCCAUCAUGCACUACGCCGACUGAGGGGGGGGGGGUGAACAGUGACGUCUAUUUAUUCAGUCAUAUCGUAAUCCGCUGAGAGACUGAACGCAGUCUUGACUGCUGACACGUAGACGUUACUGUAUGACCCCCUCCACCCCCCUCCUUUUUUUUUUAUAUGACAGAAUGGGCUUUCCCUUACCGAUUGCGAAUAAAAUGAAAAGUAAUCUAUUUAGUUUAUUUUUUGGUGUUGUACGGCCGGGUUGGGGGUUUCUAGGUAGUUGGACUUGAGAGACGACGGUCACACAGCUGAAGGAUGUACGACCUCAUCUGACCUGGACGAGAAAAAAACUAAAUAGAUUAUCAAGUCGGGUCCGAGUCCUUUCCGUGACCACGGGGUCGCACCGGGCGUCGAGGUCACGUGAGCACAUUCAGCGGAGCUGAAGACGGCGUCUGGCUUUCUGUGGUGUGAAUUCGCUGAGUGUCGGUUGUGAUAUUUUACAAGUCUCAUUGUAAAAGAACGACGGCCUGUCAAUGACUCACAAAUGGAAAAGUGCUGUGUUUGGUAUUUCAGAGAUAAACGAUUACUCCCGAGAAUCAGUCUCCGCGUUAAAGCAUGCAGAAUUUUAGAGAUCAAAUGUAAUCUUGAGUUUUCUUGCUUCCGAUAUGUUGUAAAUGUAUUCACCUUUUUAAUUUGUUACUGUUGAAAUCACUGAACCUUUUUAGACUGAGAUGCAUUUUCAAGCUUCCCCCAACUUCCUAAACGCUCACUUGCAUUUAAACUUUAAAUCUAUAGGAAGUUGAAAUGCAUUUGGACCCGUUUGAAGCAACAUUCCACUUCAAUAAAAAUGGUCACAUCACUGUGGUAUUUUGUAACCUGCACGAGGUCCCAUUUGGCUUCUGCUGGACAACGGAGAUGUAACGUCGACCAAUGAAACAACUCGAUGACCUGCACAGGUUCUAACACCCGGGUCAGCUGUCACUCGGGUCCAGAGUCCAUCUUGACCUCUAACGUACCAUCACACGUCAGAACUUUUUUUUUUUUUUUAAAUACUGCAGCUUCUGCCUUCAAUUUGUCACCCGGUCGCUUUAGAAAUGUUCCAUUUCUGAAAUCAUGUCCCGGCUAAUUUCAUCGGUGGAAAUAUUCAAAUCUCCGUCUGCCCUUCGUUUUGUACAUAUAUGUUGAUUGAAAAAAGUAAUGUACAGUCUUUUAUAAUAAACAAUUCUAUGUACAACA